AUGCGUACUUCAAGAAGUACGUUACUAGGAAUGAAGCCUUCCAGUUCUAAGGAAUAUAUUUCAUUCGGUGUUCCAGAUUUUGAAAGCCCACACAAAAGCGGUAAUUUAUUGAGAAAUUUUAUAGCUAAACUGACUGGUGCUAACUCAAAUAAUCAACAAAACAGCAAGUGUAAAUUUCAGUUACCUGAGGUUCAGGAAUCAGCUAACAUCGAAACUGAAUGUCAUGAAGUAUCUGACCUUAGCCAUCCGAUUCCGAAUGUAAACAUAUCUCAAGAAACAUCCGUCUUUUCAUCUGGUCAGCUAUCAGAGCCCAUUAGACAGUCUGAGAGACGUUAUUGGAUGCAAGAUGAGAACUGCAAGUUUUGUUUCGAAUGUGGGUCACGUUUCACAGCAAUUCGUCGUAAACACCACUGUCGUGUAUGUGGCAGGAUAUUCUGUAAUCAAUGCAGUAACCAGUUUGUUGAAGGUACUCAAAUUGGACUUGAUGGUCUUCAACGCGCUUGCAGUUAUUGUGCUGAAGUACUGAUUACUACAGACACCAAAAAGCCAGAGUAUUCAUUGUCUAAACAUGCAAUGCAGUCUUUAAAUGCUGACAAUGCUUAUGCUUUGAAGAAGAAAGUGAGUGAGAUAGGACACAAUGGGAAAAAUAAUAUGUCAGAUUCCAUCCCAUCUCAGAUCAGCCGUCUCUCCAGUCGUAAUGUGCAUGUGAAUACUAGUCUGAAUACUAUAUCAAAUGGAAAAGGAGUGCUAAAUUCAACCCUUCGUUUCCGUAGACAGACUCUGGAUUCAUUUAACCCAUGUCAUUCCACUUCUAAUAAUUCAACUGAUGAAAGCCCAGACCUGUUUCCUACAUACGUUCCAACAACGUUUGCAAACGCUAGUUUUAGUGCUGUUAUCUCCUCUCCGCCUAAUUCUACUGAAAAAGUAAAACAUCAUUCAAUGGGAACUAGCGCAUUUCAUUUAAUCCACCGAACUCCAUGCAAAAACAAAACUUUGAUUGUAGACGACUCUAUAAAUACCAAUGUUCCUAGUACUCCGUUCAAAAAGAUUUCUUUAUCUCACUCAUUUGAGUGUUUGCUGAGCUGUACAUCUCCUUCAUUAUUCAACUCAUCGUCAGAUCAAGAAAUGCUUCUUUUAUGGUCAAGAAUUUGGGCUAAUUCAUCAGAAGACUCUUCAUUUCCAAUUACAAUAACUUCAAAACUAAAUGCUGUUUCAACGGAAUCAUCCAGUCUUAUUCAUAGUCAUUCAAAUGAAAAUGUAACAAAAGAAAACAGUUCAUCUAAGUUGUUACAGUUAUUUAAGUGGAAAAGAGACAAUGAAGAAGUUUAUUGUGUUUAUGGCUUAGUAUUAGUGUAUUGGCUGGUCAAUAAUAUUCCAGGUUUGAAACACUGCCGAAUGAAGGGGCGUAUCGUUUGUCAAAAGUUCAUGGACCUUGGUCUGUUGACUGAUCUACAAGAUCCUAACUCUAGGGAAUUUCAUGAUGAUUUUACAUUUUAUAGGUUGAAACAGAUUAACUCAGAUAGUCGAUCUAACCAUCAAACAAGUUCAAGAAGAAAAACUAUGGAUUCAAUUUCAUGUGAUAAUGAUUGGUUUCGUGUUAACUCAAAUACCUAUCCGAGUACAUUUGGAAUUGACGAACCCGAUUGGUUAUUAGAAAUUAAUGGUCGUGAAAAUAAAAACUCAGGAUCUUCUACACCCUUUUUAUUGGAAAGUUUCAAUGAUGACACAUCCAAACCAUCUACAGUUUCUUACAAUGACAAUAUUCUAUCCAAUUUUGAAGUUGGGCAAGAUGUUAGCAGAAUGCGAGAGUACAGUUCUGAAGGACAUAAGUCACCAAAGAAACGUCAGUAUGUUUCUCAACCAAUAGCUACCACUAACCAGGAGUCAAGUGUUUCGAUACAACCAGAUAGUACCGUACAGUUGAGUAAACACAAAAAUAUCUAUAAUAUGAAAGCUGCAUUCGAUGAACAUAUAUAUCAAUUGGUUUUACAAGAUAUUCGGGAUAAUGCUCUGCAUCCUAGUUGGGUAUCAAUUUUAAUCCGUUUAGCUUGGAAAGUUUGCCAAACUGUUGGUUUUGAUUUACGAUCUACUGGUAUGCGUUACUUUCAAUUUAAUCGACAACAACAACAACAGUUACCAACCAGUGGAGUUGUAAACAGUAGUACAGCACAUAAUAAUGCAGCAAAUCCAAAUGCUUCUCAUAGACAAAAAGUUUAUUCAUCAAUGGAUAUUCGAUAUUAUGUACAUAUUAAAAAGCUUUUAGAUAAAGAUAACAACAGUUCAGAUGUAUUCCCUGGUACCAUUUUUUCUAAACAUCCAACUCAUAAACUGAUGCCGAGCGUUUUGAAUAAUCCACGAAUACUCCUUUUAGAUUCAUCUAUAAGUUAUCAGCGCACAACUUCUAAAAUGGCAUGGCUGGAAUCUCAAAUUAUGCAGGAAGAAGAAUACAUCACUAACUGUGUAUGUAAAAUUCUGUGUUUGCAUCCGAAUAUUAUAUUCAUCAGUGGAACUGUUUGCCACUUAGCACAGAAUUUUAUUUUCAAAUCAGGAAUAAUCCUUUUUUCUAAUGUAAAACAAUCAGUUUUAUAUCGUAUUGCGCGAAUGACAGGUGCAGAUAUUUUAGAUUCAGUUGACCGUUUACUGAGCAAUCCUACAAGGAAAUCGGAUAAUAACUGUCAAAAGCCCACUACACGUCUUGGCGUUUGUAAUCGUUUUGAAGUUAGACAAAUACAUUUAUCAGAUAAUUCCACAAAAUUUUUAACCUUUAUUGAGAAUAAUUUGAGUGAAUCUGGAAUUGCUCCUAAUGCUUCCGGUAAUAAUAACACGUCUGCUAAUCCAAUUCGAUUUAUUACCCAUGAAGCAACUGUCAUCCUGCGAGGCGAUGAUAUCGCCUCAAUUAUUCGCGCAAAACGUUGUUUUCUAUUCGCAUUACGUUUAUGUUAUAAUGCUCAACUGGAAUUAGCUUAUUCAAAUAAUGAUCAUAUUCUACAUCUUCCUGAUCUCUCAAUCAUUCAGGGGACUAAUUCACGAACUCGUGUGCAUUCUUUUCAUAAAAUGUGCAUGGAAAAUAAUGUCAGUAAUAAUAAUACAUUGGUUUCUUCUCCAGUUGUGAGGAAGAAGGCUUUGACUCUUCCUGGUAGUGUACUCAGUACCAGUGCCACUAUGCAUGAACAAAUAAUUGCUCCAAAUGAUGAAGCAAAUGAAAGUGCAUACUCAGAUUUGGCGAUAUAUUUGAGGGGACGUAUUUUAUCCAUCUCACCAUGUAUCGAAUUUCGCUUACCUUACUUGGCAUCUAAAGAAGGUCAGCUAUCUUAUCUCUAUGCAUAUUAUACUUAUGUGAUUGACUGGCCACUUGGACGCAAGUUGAAUGAUUUAAUGAAGCGAAAAAUAAAGGUCAUUCACAGCGAAAUGAAAGCAUUAGAAUACUACCGUAUAAAUGUAAAGUCUGAUAAUUCUUUCUCCGAACAAAUUGUGAAUAGUAAAUCACAUCAUCCAUUUACAAAACGGAAUCUAGAAAUCAGUUCAUCCUCUAAUGUAUACGAUGCAAAAUCUAAUUGUCAUGUUCCAUAUUCUCAUGAUGAUAGUAUUAACAACAAUUAUGCACUUGAUGGAUUGGUUAUUACAGAAACACUUACGUCAUCUGAUGAAGCCUUGUAUACUGAUUAUAAGGCUAGAGCGUUUAUGAUUUCUGUUGGUAAGAAGAAUGGCGAGACUUGUCGUUCAUUUCCACGUCUUUGGGGUAGCAUAGGCAGCAUUUUAUCAGGUCAUUGGGAUUUACUGUUUAAUACUGAAAAAUUGAAGUCAUUCAAAUCUAAAUUUGCUGGUUUUCAUUCAACGACUACUGGUUUCACACAUAAUUCCAAUAUACAAGUUCAUUCAGAAAAUGAAAGUAUAAAACGUUUAAGGCGGAGCAUUUUAGAUCCACGUUCCUAUCAGUCGCUGAGUUUUCUGGCAGUUCUAUUCACACCAAAGUGUAUUUUACGACCAGAACCAUGCGUUCCACCUUUAAUAGCUACAAUAGAGUUUUAUGGUCAAAAUGAUUUGCCACUUGGACUGUUUUUGGAAAAGUUUUGUUUUAUGCAACAACAUUGUCGCAAUCCACUAUGUAAUGUACCAAUGUCUGAACACAUUCAAAGAUUUAUUCAAACCUCGGGAUCAGUACAACUUACUAUAAGUAAAUCUAUACACGAUAUAUCUCAAUCAGAAGUUUUGGGAGACUCACCAAUGAUAUGUGGUAACGGUGAUUUCAAAUCCCGUCCCAAGAGUCGUAUACAAAUGUGGUUAUUUUGUCCAAUAUGUCGAACUAAUUCAGCUAUUAGAUAUAUGUCUGCUGAUACAUGGCAUUUAUCAUUUGUAAAAUUUCUUGAUUUGAUAUUGAACAGUUCAAAUGAUUGGGCUCGUUGUGAUAUGCUUAGUAAAAAUUCCUCCAACUGGCGCAGUACUUCAGGUAAUGAAUAUGACGUAGUUGAAAAGCAGAAAGAAUCAUCUCAUUCGGUUGGAACUGAUAUCGCUAAUAAUCAUAUCAUUGAUCCAAUAUUGGAAUUCAACUGUCCACAUUCUGUUCAUAAAUCUUUAGAACAUUGUUUUUCUUUCGACCAGAAAUUAGCUACGUUCAAAUAUCAAUCUAUUAAUGUAUAUGAAAUUGUUAUGCCUCCUAGUGAGAUUCGUAUUUUUCCAAUUAAAACCAAUCCUAUGAAGUCAGACAGUAAUCAUAUUUCAACUACCAAGAAACCACCCACUGGAGGUAAAUUGAAUAAAAAUGAUAAUGAAUUCUCUGAUCAUUGUGGUGGUGAAGAUAAGCCUGGUCAAUUUCAUAAUCAAUCAAACAGUAGUUCACUAGCAUCAAGGGUUACUAACAUACGGAAAACACCUCAUUUACCAAGUUAUCUACUUACAGAAGCAACUGAAGUUUUAACUAAGUACUACACAAUACAUACCGUGAUUAAGUGCCAUAUUGCCAAUUUACAAAAUGAGACAAUAUCUUGUGAGCUAUCUGCUAUGCUUGAAGCUUAUCUGAAAGUCCUUGAAGCUGAUUCUAGUCGUAUUUUAAUGGAUGAAAGAUCAGAAUUUUUAAAUUUUCUACUCUAUCCAAAUGAUGAUUGUCAAGUAGACGAAAAAUCUGUAAAGAAACAGAAUGAGUAUACGGCUAAUACACCAGAGUCUGUUUUACAUAGUGUAGAUUCAAUUAACCAAUCACCAGUAAUUAGACCCAAGUCAAAUCUCUUGGUAAAUGAAGGUAAUAAUGAACAUAUAUCCAAACUUACUGAAGAGACAUUUGAUUCACCGCUCAAUCAAAAUGAUUCGUUAGUUACUUCAGAUAUUGAUCAUAUGAUCACUUGCCGGCAGGUAACUCAACGAAAUGUACGCAAUCACACAAACAGUGUUUCCAGUAGUCUUAAUCAUUCAGGGGAAAUAACCACAAUACACGAUGUUGCAGAAAAUGAAACUCGAUUCCAAGAUUGGUCGAAAAUGACGUGCGGUUUAAAUCAUGUUGAAAUAGCAUAUAUCGUGCAAAGAUUGGUGAAUGAAUUAAAACGCUGGAUCUAUCGAUUUGUUUCAGACUGGAAUUUUAGAUUUAAUGAAUAUGAACUGUUAAUGAAACGGAUUGAAAAAAUAUUCGUGACACUCGAAAAAAAGCUACCGUAUCUAAUACUACUGCAACGGUUACAACUACAUCCUGUCAACCGUCAAUUAUUGCGCCUGGUCACUCAGCUCCUACUCAAAUACCGGCUGCAUCAAUAG